CUAACCCCCUCUUCGUCUCUGUCUCUCUCUCUCUCGCGCGCUAUCGCUCUCGCUUCGAUCGAUUCGUCGCCCUUUUCUCCUCCUCCUCUCAAAUCUCCGACCAAGUGAGAGAGAUCUCUUCGCUGGAUGUACGAUUGAUUGGGAAAAUCAGUUCCUACAGAAUCAAGUGGAAGGGUUGGUGGUUGAUUGGAAUCAGUAAUGGCCCACUCUGGGAGUAAUGCAGUUGGUGUGGACAAUACCUUCAGAAGGAAAUGGAACAGAGAUGAGUUUUUGGAGCGAGCCAGAGAGCGAGACCGGGACGAGAAGGAUGAAGAAAGAUCCAAAUCCAAAGCGAAAGCUCCUCCCGUCCAAAGGAAACCGUUGAAGCACCGAGAUUAUGAAGUCGAUCUUGAGAGCCGUCUGGGCAAAACUCAGGUGGUUACUCCCAUUGCACCGCUUAGCCAGCAGGCUGGAUACUACUGUGCAGUUUGUGAGUGCGUGGUUAAAGAUUCAGCUAAUUAUCUGGACCACAUUAAUGGAAAGAAGCAUCAACGAGCUUUGGGCAUGUCUAUGCGUGUGGAGAGGGCUUCUCUUGAGCAGGUUCAACAUAGAUUUGAAUCACUCAAGAAGCGGAAGGAUCCAGGUAGCUUCAGCGAGCAAGAUUUAGAUGAGAGAAUACUGAAACAGCAGCAAGAGGAGGAAGAGCGGAAGCGCCAACGUCGAGAGCGGAAGAAAGAGAAGAAGCAAAAGGAGAAGGCCGCGCAAGACGAAGAAGCGGAGGAUGCUGAUCCCGACGUCGCCGCCAUGAUGGGAUUCGGAGGAUUCCGCUCGUCAAAGAAGUGAUUCUUUCCGUCACCGCGGAGGGAGGCCCCAGUUAUCAACACCCUGAAGCCCAUAUACUGAAUCAUCUCGCGUGCGGCGCAGUUUGUAGUUGUCAUCUUAGCGGGGGUUAAAAUAUGCGACCGCAGCUGCUUAUUCGGUGUUAUUAGAUCUGGGGACAGGACAUGAAUUUCUUGAUCUUGCUAAACUAAAGGCAGGCUUUUUGUAGGUUUUUUUUUUUUUUUUUUUUUUUGCAUUUUCUUGUUCUGUCAAAUUUGUAAUGUUAAUCUUGUAUAUCCAAUGGUGGUAAAAUGUUGCAGUUAGCUAUUAUGCGA